CUAUUUUUAUUCUUUCUGCUCUAGAGUGCAAAUUCCUAUUUAUUUUCCCUCCUGCACUACAUGAAAAAAUAGUAUUUCUCUGAACUUCUGAGAACCUAUGUCCUUAAAAAGUUUAUAGCAGAAGAUGGGGAUGAAACAAAAGACCGAGUGUUAGGAGAAAGAUAUGGGAAAGCUUCAGUAAAUGAUUAUAGUUUAGGUAGAAAGUCUAUACUAUCUACCUGAAAUAUUUUAUUUUUUAUUACUUGAUUUUCAUUCUGGUGUGUAUUGUAUAUAAAAUGGUUUUUAUUGAGAUUAUCAUGGAUUGUAAUUAUAUAAAAUUAUUCCUAAUUAUGAAUUAGAUUUAAUAUUUAAUCUUAUAUGUGUUCCAAAUAAAGCACUGAAAGAGAACAGCUCAGAAGUUGUGCAGCCUUUCUUAAUGGGUUGUGGAACCAAGGAACCGAAGAUCACUCAGCUGUGUUUGGCUGCCAUUCAGAGACUCAUGUCACAUGAAGUAGUGUCUGAGACUGCCGCUGGAAAUAUAAUUAACAUGCUUUGGCAGCUAAUGGAGAAUAGUCUUGAAGAACUUAAGCUACUUCAAACAGUUCUUGUUCUUUUAACAACCAAUACAGUAGUUCAUGACGAGGCACUUUCUAAGGCAAUUGUUCUUUGUUUUCGACUACACUUCACAAAAGAUAAUAUUACAAAUAAUACAGCUGCUGCUACAGUGCGACAGGUUGUUACUGUUGUCUUUGAGAGAAUGGUUGCUGAAGAUGAAAGACACAGAGAUAUCAUAGAACAACCAACACUGGUCCAAGGAAAUAGUAAUAGAAGGUCUGUCAGUACUCUGAAACCUUGUGCUAAAGAUGCAUAUAUGCUCUUCCAGGACCUUUGUCAGUUGGUUAAUGCUGAUGCCCCUUACUGGCUAGUAGGCAUGACAGAAAUGACUCGGACAUUUGGCCUCGAAUUGCUUGAGUCAGUCCUCAAUGAUUUUCCCCAAGUCUUUUUACAACACCAGGAAUUUAGUUUCCUUCUGAAGGAAAGGGUAUGUCCUCUUGUGAUUAAGCUCUUUUCUCCAAAUAUAAAGUUCAGACAAGGGUCCAGCACUUCAUCUUCCCCAGCACCAGUUGAAAAACCAUAUUUCCCUAUCUGCAUGCGUUUGCUGAGAGUAGUAUCUGUUCUGAUCAAGCAGUUUUACAGUCUUUUGGUAACUGAAUGUGAGAUAUUUCUGUCACUUCUGGUGAAAUUUCUGGAUGCAGAUAAACCACAGUGGCUACGAGCUGUUGCGGUAGAAUCAAUACACAGACUCUGUGUGCAGCCUCAGCUGUUAAGGUCAUUUUGUCAGUCAUAUGAUAUGAAACAGCACUCCACCAAGGUUUUUCGUGAUAUCGUGAACGCACUGGGAUCUUUCAUCCAAUCCUUGUUUCUUGUCCCUCCUACUGGAAAUCCUGCUACAACAAACCAAGCUGGAAAUAAUAAUUCAGGUGGCCCAGUCUCUGCACCAGCUAACUCAGGAAUGGUAGGGAUUGGUGGAGGUGUUACUUUGUUACCAGCAUUUGAAUAUAGAGGAACGUGGAUACCUAUUCUGACUGUAACAGUUCAAGGCAGUGCUAAAGCCACAUAUGUGAAGUUAGAAUUUUAUGGAGUAUGGCAUAAAGUUUCUUUUAAAUAUUUAGGCUUAUUAAAACCAGGUAUCACAUUGUUAGAGCUUACAACUUUUCCAGUGACAGAAAAGCAAAUGUGCUUCAAAGUAUUUAAUAUUAAGAGAAAAAUUGCUUACUUUUAUGCUAAUUUUUUUUCUCCCCUUACUAUAGGAGAUUUUUCAAAAGCUUGGGAUGUUCUUCUUGACCAUAUACAAUCAGCAGCACUCAGCAAAAAUAAUGAAGUAUCUCUGGCUGCUUUGAAAAGCUUCCAGGAAAUCUUGCAGAUUGUGUCCCCUGUCAGAGACUCAGAUAAGCCUGAGACACCUCCUGUAGUCAAUGUACCUGUGCCUGUUCUUAUAGGGUCCAUAUCAGGCCCUGGCCUGAACAGGCCAUUUGUAAGAACAGAUUCCAUUGGAGAAAGACUUGGAAGAUAUAAUAUCUCUGAGCCACCAUUAGUAACUGAUGAGCUUGAAGAUUUGAAUCUCUGGUGGGCUGCCUGGAAUACUUGGUAUAGAAUUGGAUCUGAAAGCACUAAGCCUCCUGUUACUUUUGAUAAGCUAACUUUUAUUCCCAGCCAGCCUUUUCUUACAGCUUUAAUUCAGAUAUUUCCAGCUCUCUACCAACACAUAAAAACUGGUUUCAAUAUGGAUGACUUGCAGAAGUUAGGAGUCAUAUUGCACAGUGCUGUUUCAGUCCCAAUAAGUUCUGAUGCAUCCCCUUUCAUUCUUCCAUCUUAUACUGAAGCAGUUCUGACAAGUUUACAGGAAGCUGUACUUACAGCUUUAGAUGUUCUUCAAAAGGCCAUCUGUGUAGGACCAGAAAACAUGCAGAUAAUGUAUCCAGCUAUAUUUGACCAGUUGCUGGCAUUUGUAGAAUUUUCCUGUAAACCUCCACAGUAUGGACAGCUGGAAACAAAGCACAUUGCCAAUGCAAAAUAUAACCAGAUCCAACUAUUUGCACCGGCGGAAUGGGUAGCCUUGAAUUAUGUACCGUUUGCUGAAAAGUCUUUAGAAGUAGUUGUGGAUUUAUACCAAAAAACAGCCUGUCAUAAAGCAGUGGUGAAUGAGAAAGUUCUUCAGAAUAUCAUUAAGACUCUAAGGGUGCCUCUCAGCUUGAAGUAUUCCUGCCCUUCUGAAAGCACUUGGAAACUAGCAGUAUCUUCUCUCCUCAAAGUUCUUUCUAUUGGGCUACCUGUUGCCCGACAGCAUGCUUCUUCUGGAAAAUUUGAUAGUAUGUGGCCAGAACUAGCCAACACACUUGAAGACUUUCUCUUUACUAAAAGCGUACCUCCAGAUAAUCUCUCUAUUCAAGAGUUUCAAAGAAAUGAAUGUAUUGAUGUUGAGGUAGUUCAGCUUAUCAGUACUGAGAUACUACCUUAUGCCAAUUUUAUUCCUAAGGAAUUUGUUGGUCAGAUAAUGACUAUGCUUAACAAGGGCUCAAUACAUUCUCAGUCGUCUUCAUUUACAGGUAUGUUAUUUUAAUGGUCUUUUAGGUAUUAAAAGAAUUGAGGUACUUUUUAAAAGGCUAGCAUAAAGUGUUUAGUCCUAUGACUGUAAUAUAAGUUGGAGAGUGGUGAGGUAAUUUUUAUGAACGUAAUGUAGAACAUUUAAGUUAUAUGAGAGGAAAUGUGAAUAUUAUAUAUAGUCAUAUUUGCAAACCCUGAUUAAUUAAAUUUCAUAGGACUUAAUCUGAUGUCUAAAGUUACCAGUUUUGUGAAGUCAUGGAUCACUGGAAGGCAAUAAGGCAAGACCCCCUUAGUAUCCAUGGGUCUGUGGUUCUAAGGAGACCGCCACUGAGGAAAAACUGUGUGUGCUUAGGAUGCACAGAGUUCAUCAUUGUACUGUGGAUGCUCAAUUCAUUUUCUUCAUAAUGCCAUCCAACUUCCACUAAAGACAUGCAGCUUUUCAACACCUCUAAAAU